GGGCCGCGCUACGAGCUGCGGGACUGCUGCUGGGUGCUGUGCGCGCUGCUCGUGUUCUUCUCCGACGGCGCCACGGACCUGUGGCUGGCGGCCUCCUACUACAUCCAGGGCCAGCGCACCUACUUCGGCCUCACGCUGCUCUUCGUGCUCCUGCCCUCGCUGGUCGUGCAGCUGCUCAGCUUCCGCUGGUUCGUCUACGACUACACGGAGCCGGCGGGGGCCCCGGGACCCGUCGUCAGCACCAAGGACAGCGGCGGCGGCUCCGCCAUCAGCACCAAGGACAGCGCCAACGCCUUCCGGACCAAAGAAGGCAGCCCCGAGGUGGGCUCCCGGCCCGCGCCCUCCUCCGCGGCCAGCGCCUACCGCCGCCGCUGCUGCCGCCUCUGCGUGUGGCUGCUGCAGACCCUCGUCCACCUCCUGCAGCUCGGCCAGGUCUGGAGGUACCUGCACGCGCUGUACCUGGGGCUGCAGAGCCGCUGGCGCGGGGAGCGGCUGCAGCGCCACUUCUACUGGCGGAUGCUCUUCGAGAGCGCCGACGUGAGCAUGCUGCGGCUGUUGGAGACUUUCCUGCGCAGCGCGCCGCAGCUCGUGCUGCAGCUCAGCCUCCUCAUACAUCGCAGCGACAGCGACAGCGACGGCCACAGCAACCUGUUCCAGCAGCUGCCUGUCUUCUCCACCUUCGCCUCACUCCUGUCCCUGGCCUGGACGCUGGCCUCCUACCAGAAGGUGCUGCGGGACUCGAGGGACGACAAGAGGCCCCUGUCCUACAAGGGUGCCGUGGUCCAGGUGUUGUGGCACCUGUUCACCAUCGCGGCGCGCAGCCUGGCCUUCGCCCUCUUCGCCAGCGUCUACAAGCUCUACUUUGGCAUCUUCAUCGUGGCCCACUGGUGCAUCAUGACCUUCUGGGUCAUCCAGGGGGAGACCGACUUCUGCAUGUCCAAGUGGGAGGAGAUCAUCUACAACAUGGUGGUGGGCAUCAUCUACAUCUUCUGCUGGUUCAACGUCAAGGAGGGCCGCAGCCGCCGCCGCAUGACCCUCUACUACUGCAUCGUCCUGCUGGAGAACGCCGCGCUCACCGGCUGCUGGUAUUUCAGCCGCAACUUCGCCACCGACUUCCGCUCGCUCAUCUUGGUCUGCGUGGUGGCCUCCAGCUUCGCGCUGGGCAUCUUCUUCAUGUGUGUCUACUACUGCCUCCUGCACCCCAACGGGCCCAUGCUGGGCCCCCAGGCCCCUGGCUGCAUCUUCCCCGAGACUCCCGGCCCCUGUGGCCCACCAACAGAUGCUGUCACCAGCCCGCCCAGGUCCCUGCCCAGGACUACAGGCGCGGAGCGGGAUGGGGUCUCACUCGGGGGUGAACGGGCUGGGACCCCGACGCCGCCUGUUUUCCAGGUCCGCCCUGGCUUGCCCGCCACGCCAGUGGCCCGCACUUUGCGGACAGAGGGGCCUGUGAUUCGGAUUGACUUGCCCCGGAAGAAGUACCCGGCGUGGGAUGCUCAUUUUAUUGACCGCAGGCUCCGGAAGACCAUUCUGGCGCUGGAGUACUCCUCGCCCGCCACGCCCCGGUUGCAGUACCGGAGCAUGGGGACCUCCCAGGAGCUGCUGGAGUACGAGACCACCGUGUAGACCAGUCCUCCGCCCAACAGGGGACGAGCUGGGCUUAUCCGCAGUGUUGCGCCCG